UUGGGCCGGGCGGUGCUCGGCAAAAACAAACCGACACAGCUGGAUUCUGUUGACAGCAAUAAAAUCAUUUGUUUGCAAUAAAAUUUUUCGGCUAGGAAAUAUGGAGCAGGAGCAGGAGGACGCUCGUCAACUACGAGAGAAAAAGGAGCAAGACGAAAUCGACAAACUUAAGGCCUUUCACCGCUUUCCGCAGCCAAAAAGCCUCAGGAAACUGGCCAUGCGCGCCGUUAUGUCGAACCUCCAGUUUUACGCCGACUUGCCCUACAACCCUUUCCUCCAGCUACCGAAAAAUCUGCAUGAAGAAUUGUUGAAAUUUUUUGACAAAAAGCAAGGUCGUUUCUUGCACGUGAAGCCAGAGGUCCGACAAAAAUUCGGGAUUCAGAUGAUGAGUGAAAAGGUUUCCACCCUAGAUUGGCACAUGGGCUGGGACUUAUUCUGGCAUGAGAAUGGAAAUUCAUUCUUCAAACAUGUUGCGCAGAAUUGUCCUAACUUGACCACAAUAGACACGUAUUUAGUCGACUUAUCUAGAGUUCCUGAUUUCAUUGCCACACCAGAAUAUUUUCUAUCUCACUUCAAGAGUUUGCAAGUACUAAAAAUCUCCGACUAUUGUUUUUGUACGGACUCACUUUUGACAGUGCUCAUCGAGCAUUGCCCGAUGCUAAAGGAAUUGGAAAUCAAGUUGCCGCUGACAAUUACGGGAGAGACCAUCAACCUCUUGUCGAGACUGAAAUAUUUGCAAAACUUCGUUGGUCACAGAGAAGGCAAAUUAGAAGAAGGAGGCGGGUUUGAUUUUGAAGGCCUGGCCAAUCUUGCAGGAUCAAUACCUAGCUUGCGGAUACUUGGCUACACACAGCACAAGCAAGACUUCUAUCAGCCUCUAAACAACUUUAUUGUCAGAUUUGGAAACCUGUACCCUGACAAGCCGCUCUUCAUACGAGAGUUGCUAGCUCCUUUCACUUCUGCCUGGCCAAAACUUUUGUCUGUGGGAAAUGUCCGGCUGGAUGGACCUUUCAGUUCAAAGAGAAUUAAUGAGAUCAUCGGUUCUAUGCCUCUUCCUCCCUUUUCUCUAACUUUUCAACAAGUUUCUUUUUGCGACAUCUACCCAGUCCUGCGGAAAUUCGGAAAUCAGCUUGAUUAUCUCAGCAUUGAUGAAUGGUGUUUUUGCAGGGACACACCUAUGAAUAUGACGGAAAUGUUGGACAUUUCCGCAGUCCUCACGUUUUGCCCGAACCUGCAGAAGUUGCGGAUCCGAUACAAGUCGGAGAGAUUCGUCCAGAAUGCAGGUUUGGCCGCUCUGCCCAAUGAUUGUUUUAAAAACUGGCAAGAAUUCAAGUUCCAAGCGUUCUCGUACGAAGGUGGCGAAGAACAAGACAUGAUUUCUAACGGUGACCUGCUCUUCAAGAAGUUCCUCUUGGGCGCCCGUUGCAUCACAGAACUGAAUUUUAAGAGAUUUGGUGAGAUCAGAGCGGCUCAACAGGUGUUAAAUCAAGACCCCCUUUUCCUCUUCUGCAAUUUAAAAUAUGUCGAAAUCAGGAUUCACACCAAUGAGAUGAUUUCUGCUGUUGUGGAGUUGCUUACAACUCUAAUCAGUCGCUCGCCUUUACUGAGGGUAAUUAAAAACUGGGGAAGAGUCCAUCUGCAAGAAAAUGACGAGCGAAUCGUCUGGCUGCUUAAAGUAGCCAAAGCUCUUAGUAUUAAAUUAGAAAUGUGA